CUCUCUAUUUAACUUAUCAUUUUGCGCCGCUCACCCCGAAAGGCCUCUCUUCCUGUAAAGUCCCGGCGAUCAGCGACACUUCACGGCGUUGAGAAGAUGGUUGCGGCGAAGAAGACGAAGAAGUCCCAUGAGGGAAUCAACAGUAGACUAGCUCUUGUGAUGAAGAGUGGAAAGUACACUCUUGGCUACAAAUCCGUUCUCAAGUCCCUUCGCAGCUCCAAAGGUAAGUUGAUUCUCAUCUCUAGCAACUGCCCUCCGUUGAGGAGAUCAGAGAUUGAGUACUACGCUAUGCUUGCUAAAGUUGGUGUUCAUCACUACAAUGGCAACAAUGUCGAUUUGGGAACUGCUUGUGGAAAAUACUUCCGUGUUUCAUGCCUCAGCAUCGUUGAUCCAGGUGAUUCCGACAUCAUCAAGUCGCUUCCGGGAGACCAGUGAUUGUUGAUUUGGGUCGAUUUGUUAUGAGUUUGCCAUGUUUUGUCUGCUUUAUGGAAUGUGUUCUUGAAAGACAUCAUGUUUGGUUUCUAAACUCCUUAUGCUUAAUUACACUUUCGUCUCUCUCGGAUC